GGGUGGUUAUAAACUGUGAAGAUGGUGGUUACGUGUUUAUUUAUCUCAGUUUUUAUUUUAACAGCAUGUAGGUAAUAUGCAGUAUUUAAAAACUUAUACCGAUUUAAUUGGUCUCAACAUUAUUACCCUAUACAACACGAAGGAAGAAGGUCCUUUCCAUUUCUGAAAGGUACCUAGUGUGGUUUGUUCAGUGUGGUGUGAUAGUGUAGGCGUCAACAGCCUCUGAUCGGUCAGAUAAAUUCCUUCGACGGUGAGUCAUAGGUUUUGCUCUUUCUCGGGAUCUGCCAGUAACUGCACUGGAGCAGAGAACUUGUUAACUGGCGCCGUAUAUAAAGUGUCCUCAUGAACUGGCAGUUGUACUAGCUAGCACUGUAUCAAGAGAAGUAAGCAGCGAAGCUCAACGAAGCAUUGCUCUUGCCAGUGAGCAAGGAUUGGAUGAAGAAGACACCUCCUUGUUAGAUGCAGUACAACUCUACUCCCAAGUGAUCAGUUUUCUUCACGAACUCUCUCUCUAUUGGAAAGACCAUCUGAGGGAGGAAACAAUGAAUGCUGAUUGGCCUCGACCCCCCUUGUACUCGGUCUCUUUUUGUGCCAUCAAGAAUGGUCGCCGAAGAAUGGAGGACCGACACGUCAUCUUACAUGAUUUAAAUGUUGUGUGUGGUCUUCAGGAAGGUCCUCAGCACAGUUACUAUGCAGUGUUUGAUGGUCAUGCUGGAAUUGAGGCAGCAAGUUAUGCUGCAGCUCAUCUCCAUCUGAACCUUGUUCAGCAUCCAGAUUUCUAUACUGAUACAGAAAAAGCUAUCAAAGAAGCAUUCCGAACAACAGAUCAACAGUUCUUAGAAAGAUCAGGAAAGGAGGGAAUUAAAAGUGGAUGUACUGUAGUUUGCUGCUUGAUUCGGGAGAGAACACUGUAUUUGGCCUGGCUUGGAGACUCGCAAGCUAUUCUCGUGCGCCAGGGAGAACCACUAGGCAUAGUAUCUCCUCACAAGCCUGAUAGAGAGGAUGAAAGGACACGGAUUGAAAAUGAUGGUGGCUGUGUUUUGUAUGUUGGUACUUGGAGAGUCAGUGGAACAUUGGCUGUCUCUAGAGCACUAGGGGAUUUUGAGCACAAGCCAUAUAUAAGUUGUGAGCCUGACAUAAAAACGUUGUCACUUGACGGAACAGAAGAUUUUCUGGUGUUGGCAUGUGAUGGUCUGUGGGAUAAGCUAUCUCUUUAUGAUGUUGCUGCUUUGGUUUAUAGCUAUGUCAAAGAAAACCCUGACAAUGCUGAUGCUGUGGCUUCUCAACUUGUUCAUCAAGCUAAAGAGAAAGGCUCCAAUGAUAAUAUAACUGUUGUUGUAACAUUUCUAAGAGAACCGCAUAACUUAGCUGCCCCAACUUUUCCUUCUGAAGUAUUUUCUGUUUCUCAGAGUUCCUUCAUAAAUACUUGUAAUGGUAAAGGUAAUCAUGAAGGGCUAAGUUAUUCUGUUGAUAUUCAUGAAAAAAGAAAAUGUGAACAUAAACCAAUGCACAUCGUAAAUGGAACAAAUGGAUUUGAAGAAAAUGGUACAUUAUCUGACAGACUGGGUUCAUCUCACACUUGUGAUUCUGAUCUAACCAUGGAAAUUGGUGUUGAUGUGCCAUUGCCAGAACAGGCUGAGAAACAUAAACCUGGCAGUUGGAAUGAAAACACUAGACUUCCAGAUAAAGAAGAUGUAGCUUUAAGUGCUGAUGAUGCUUUUGAAAAACAUGAAUAUGAACCAGCUGAAAAUUUAAAAAGUAAAGAUGCCACAUUACUUUCUUACCAGUUUUCCCAUCAGACCACUUUGGACCUUGUGCCUUGUACAGUGGUUGUAGGUCAGGAAUCAACAUCAGUUAAAAUUGAUGACACUCUGUCAUCUGAUUUAACAUCAAAUAAUGAGCUAGAUUUAUCUAUUGACUCUUUUACUGGACAAGAUAACUCUGAAGGUAACAUUUUGAAUUCCUGUAAAAAAGCUAUUCUGUCAAAGAGCAGUUUGCACUUAUCCUCUUCUGAAAUAUCAGAAGUAGAAAAUGAUAGAAAUAGAAAAAUACAGACUGUGCAAGCUCUGAAAAAUGUUAGAAAUUUUGAUGUUGAUAGCAAAGAUGAUGACUUUCCAGUGGAAAACAUGUCACAUAGCACAAGUGUACUUAAUGAAAAUGCAGGUGAGUUGAGAGAGAUUUUUGAUAAUGUGAAAGAUAAUGAAGUUGAGGCAUUGUCAGUCUCAAAUCUUGCUGAUGAAAUUUUUAAUGAAUUUAAAGUGGUUCAUGUCUCUGCUCAGGAAAUCCAAGCCUCAUCAACUGAUUCUGUAAACUGUUUGAAAGGUGGAGACCAGCAAGUGCCUUGUGCAGACCGUGAAUUUAUUGUAGAAAAUUUGUGUCAUAAUGUUUUGGAUGCUUCUCAAAAAACUGUACUGCCCAAUACAACAAAGCCAGGCAGUAAUGAUACAUCCUUGUUUGCCUCAUGUGAAACAACUAAAGGUAAAGAACUUUCAGAAAAUGAAAAUAUACUUGAAUUUCAGUCUUCUAUGGUAACAUCAGAACAAGAAAAACUACUUGAAAAAUCUACAGGUUUGAGUGGCAUUUUUGCAGAAGAUGCAAUACCAAAUGUGGAACAAGAAUCUGUUGGUAUUUAUCCUAUACUUAUAGAAAGUGAGAUGAUAGACAAAAGAAAGGAAUCAACAAAUGUGUUUAGUUUAUCUGAAGAUACUCAUGAAAAGUUAGAUACUUUAGAGGAUAUAGCAGGUCAUUUGGGUUUAAACACAGAAACAUAUGAACAGCUAGAUAAAACAAAAGACUAUUUUAAUGAGCCCAUUUCAUCUGCACAAGAAGUUGAGAAGUCUGAUGAACUACAAGUGUUAAAUAAUAAGUUCAUUUUAACUACAGAAAUUGAUGAGAAGCUCAGUGAACCAAAGAUAUCAGUAGAUGUGCCCAGUUUUUUUGCAGAAGCAGUUCAGAAGCAAGAGGAGCCAGUGGAUGAGUACUGUUUAACCAUAAGCAUAGAUGAGAAGCUUGGUAAACUACAGGAAUCAGUUGAAGAGCCUAGUGUAAUUACAGAAGCAAUGAAGAAGGUAGAUGUUUCAAAAAAGUCAGUUAAUGAAACAUUUAAUACUACAGAAACAGCUAAGCUAGAUGAACUAAAACAGUCAGUUAAUGAUUCCAGUUUAUCAAAAGAAACAGUUGAGAAGCUACAUGAACUAAAAGGAUCAGAUGAUGACCGUAACUUGUCUAUAGAAACAGUUGAAAAGCUAUAUGAACCAAAAGAGUCGGAUGGUGAGCUGGAAGAGUUAGCUGAAGGGUCCAGUUUGACUUUAGAAACGCUGAAGAUGCUUGAUAAGCCAAAAGAGUCAAUUAAUGAAUUGGUUGAAACGCUAGAUAAACAAAAGGAAUCUGUUAAUAAUCCCAGUGCAUCCACAGAAACAGAUGAUAAGCUAGAUAGAUGCAAUCAGUCAAUUUAUAAUUCUAAUUUAUUAACAAAAACAGUUGAGAAUGUGUAUGAGCUAAAAGAGUCAGUUGAAGAGCCCAAUUUAUUGACAGAAACAGUGAAAAUGCUGGAUGAAUCAAAAAGGCCAUUUAAUGAAACAUUUAUAACCACAGAAAAUGAUGAAAAGCUAGGCAAGCCAAAGAAGUUUGUUGAUGAACCAAGUUUAUCCACAGAAAUAGUUGAGAACUUGGAAAAACUAAAAGAGUCAUAUAAUGAGCCCAGUUUAUUGAUGGAUACAGUUGAGAAACUAGAUAAACCAAAGGAGUCAGUUGAAGAACCCAGUUUGACUACAGAAACUAUGAAUAUUUUCGGUGAACCAGAAGAGUCAACUAAUGAAACAACUAUAACCAGACAAACAGUUGAGAAGCUAGAUGAACCAAAUGAAUCAAUUGAAGAAUGCAGUUUGACUACAGAAACAGUAAAUAUGUUAGGUGAACCAGAAGAGUCAACCAAUGAAACACUUAUAACCACACAAACAAUUGAGAAGCUAGAUAAACCAAAGGAAUCAAUUGAAGAAUGCAGUUUAACUACAGAAACAGUGAAUAUGUUAGGUGAACCAGAAGAGUCAACCAAUGAAACACUUAUAACCACACAAACAAUUGAGAAGCUAGAUAAACCAAAGGAAUCAAUUGAAGAAUGCAGUUUAACUACAGAAACAGUGAAUAUGUUAGGUGAACCAGAAGAGUCAACCAAUGAAACACUUAUAACCACACAAACAAUUGAGAAGCUAGAUAAACCAAAGGAAUUGAUUGAAGAACAAAGUUUGACUACAGGAACAAUGAAUAUGUUAGAUGAACCAGAAGAGUCAACCAAUGAAACAAUUAUAACUACACAAACAAUUGAGAAGCUAGAUAAACCAAAGGAGUCAGUUGAAGAACAUGGUUUGACUACAGAAACAGUGCAUAUGUUAGGUGAACCAGAAGAGUCAACUAAUGAAACAGUUAUAACCACACAAAUAGAUGAGAAGCUAGAUAAACCAAAGGAGUUGGAUGAAGAACAUGGUUUGACUACAGAAACAAUGAAUAUGUUAGAUGAACCAGAAGAGUCAACCAAUGAAACAAUUAUAACCACACAAACAGUUGAGAAGCUAGAUAAACCAAAGGAAGCGAUUGAAGAACCCAGUUUGACUACAGGGAAAAUGAACAUGAUAGAUGAACCAGAAGAUUCAACUAAUGAAACAGUUAUAACCACAGAAACAGUUGAGAAGCUAGAUAAACCAAAGGAAGCGAUUGAAGAACCCAGUUUGACUACAGGGAAAAUGAACAUGAUAGAUGAACCAGAAGAUUCAACUAAUGAAACAAUUAUAACCACAGAAACAGUUGAGAAGUUAGAUGAUUUAAAAGAUUCAGGUGAUGUGCCCAAUUUAUCCACAGAAAUAACUAAGAACCUGGAAGAAUCAAAAGAGUCAACUGAUGAGCCCAUUUUGUUCACAGAAGCACCUGAGUCACCAAACAUGCAAAAUGAAUUUGCUGAAAUUCCUGUUAAAGACACAGAAUCAAUUGAAACUUGUAUAUACAAGGAAGAUAAAGAAACAGAGAAAGAAACAAUAGUUGAAGGAAUACAACAAAAUUGUGAGCCCUGUGCUGAAAAUUUCAUGUUGCACAAUAUAGUGAAAAGUGAUAAUGAAAUAAGUGAUAUAAAUAAUCAAGCUUCUGCAAAUGCUACCUCAUUAGGUGAAGUUUUACCAUCUGCAGAAGACUCUGAUUUUGAAAAAGAUAGUGAAUGGAAAUAUAUCCAAGGAGAUGAUAAGUCUGAUACUCAAGCAAUCAAACAUACAAAAGUUUCUCUUAAGGGUUCACCCUCAAAAGCAAGCUCAAUAAAAUCUGAAACAUCAAGGAAUAUAAAACUAAGUUCAACAUCAAAGACUAAACAAAAUCAGCAGGAAGGAGAUAAGAAGGAAAGGAAACCUGUUGCUGGAAAAAGUCUAAGAAACCAACAUGAGAAAAAAGAACUAUCAAGUAAAGUAAUAAAAACAGUUAGUAAACAAACAAAAUCAACAUCAGAAACGUCAUCACUGAAAAAAUCACCAGUAACUUCAUCUACUAAUCUGAAAACUGGAAAACCUAAUAACGUAACAGUCAGAUCUUCCUCAAAACAGGUCUCUGCUGAAGCUAAAACUGAAUCUACUGGAAAAAUCACCACAACAUCUUGUACUUCUUUGAAUAAACUAUCAAGGCCUUUAUCUUCUAAGAACACAUCUGUCAAUCAAAGUACUCGAACUGUAUCCUCUGCUAAGGUAUCUAGUAGUUCAUCACCCAUAACUCAAAAAUUGAAAUCCGCAAAAGCUACUGACAGUACUACAACACCAAAAUCUGGCAAAGAGGUGAGUUCUCAAGAAGUUGGGAGCAGUUCUGUAAAACCUGAAAAAAGCAGCUCACCACCACAAGUUAAAGUUAGUUCCUCUCAUUCAUCUGCAAAAACAUCUGCCAAGAAAGAUUCUUCUGGUGUGGUAGGUAAGAAAAAUGAAACUACAGUACAGAACAGGAGUCCUAAACCUGCUUUAGGCACAGUAAAAAAUCUCAAACCAACAUUAAGUUCCACAAAAUCACUUGACAAACAGAAGACUGAACCUUCUUCAGGCACAGCAAAAAAUCUCAAACCAACACCAAGUAGCACAAAAUCAGUUGAUAAACAGAAGACUGAACCUUCUUCUGGCACAGCAAAAAAUCUCAAACCAACACCAAGUAGCACGAAAUCAGUUGAUAAACAGAAGACUGAACCUUCUUCUGGCACAGCAAAAAAUCUCAAACCAACACCAAGUAGCACAAAUCAGUUAAUAAACAGAAGACUGAACCUUCUUCAGGCACAGCAAAAAAUCUCAAACCAACACCAAGUAGCACAAAAUCAGAUGACAAACUGAAUACUGAACCCACAAAAAAAAAGUUGGCAGUUUCUGAACUCACAGCAUGCUCACAAAAGUCUAAACCUGCAGAUCAUUAUGCUGUUUUAAAGAAAACUUCAGGCAGCCCAGCAAUUGCUAAAAAACAUCAGAAUCAGCCAACUCCUAGAAAUAUAAGUAAUGCUCCUAAGGUCAAGAAUUCUAAUAACAAGGACCGUGAAGGCAUUCGGUCACCAAAGCUAGACACCAAACAAAAAAAGAGUACUGUGAAAAAAGAUAUUUCCAGUGAAGAAACAAAAGUACUAAUGCCAACAAAUAAAAACUCUAUCCCUGAUGAACAUGAGACUGUGGUUGAAGCUCAGAGUGCUGCUUACAAUACACAAAAGCCUUCAUCAGCCCAUUAUUGUAUUUCAUCCACAACAGACUAUUCCAUAACUCAACCAGAAGCAUGUGAGAACAGAACUAAUGCAGAUAUUCAAGGCAUUUCCCCUGACGAUACUGUUUCUUCAGCUGAUUUAGUUCCCGUAAGGCAAUCUCUGUCAGAAGUAACAAGUCAAAAGGAUGGUCAUUCAGAUUUAGAAGUCAGAGCUGAGCCUGAAUCUUUAGAACAUGAACAUCUUGUUGUGUGUGUAGGUGAAGAAAAAGAGCAGCUGUUGAAGUCUCUGGUUGAUGAGGGAACCCAACAGUCAUAACUUUUCACAUAUUCUGUCAGGUCACUUAAGAGUGUACUUCUCUGAUGUAAAAUCGGCCUUUCUUACUUGGUAGAACAAACUACCAUUGAUCUGUCUUGGUGUCUCAAUUUAGAAAAAAAAACAACACUACAAAUGUGUUUAUGUGUAACUUCAGUGUUUAUGCUAAUAUGAAUUAUAUGUUUGAAGUUUUGCUUUAAUGUAAUAGUUGCCUGAAUUUUAAAACUUUAUAAAUAUUGUGAUAAUUGUAUGAAUUACUUAAAUUUAGUUUUUGGAUAUUUUUGAAACAGUUCUUUAUUAUAAGUUUAGAAAAUAAUAAAUUCUGCAAAAAAAAGUAAAAGGUAUAUCCAGACCAAUUUUGUUAAUAAAACCUUGCAUAACUAAAUGGAAUAACAGCCAUUAAGUUAAACUAACUUUUUAAAUAUUUCUUUGAUUAGCCAUAAUACUAAUAGAACUUGGAGCAAGUACUAAGUGUUAUUGUUAGAGAUAAAUUUCUUGUUUAUUCUUAAAUCUAUUUUAAUGGAGGAACUGAGUGAUACUAAUAAAAUAUAGCUUAAGAGUAAUGUACUUAUUUUUAUUGAUCAGUAGCAACUAAUAGAAUUACAAUUAUGUAACUUAUAUAUCAGUAAUGAUUGAUUAUAAUGUAAUUUUUAGAUUAUUGCUGAUAAAAUAAAAAUCCCAGUAACAAUAUUUUUAGGCAAGUAAUAGUUGACAAGAUCACAGUUAUAAUGUAAGAAGUGACAACUACAGUUUAAUGGAAUGCUAAUAACAGUUCCAAUUUAUGGGAUGGUAUUGCUGUAAUAUCUUUCUUCAGUAGCAAAUGACAGGAUGACAAUGUAUUGCAAGUAUUCUAGACCUGUAACAAUUGAUAGGAUUGUAAUAACAUUAUAAAGUUUCGAAUAAGUUUUCAUUUUAACAUUCCUUUUGGCAUUUAGUUAGUGAAAGGUUUUUUUUUUUUUAGCAGUGGUGAAAGUAUAAUAUAUGAAAUAUACUGCUGAAAUCAUUAUUCACAUGUUGCUGAAUAAAACAAGUUGGUUGGAUAUAUGUUUUAUUCAAAGAUUAAACAAUUUUAGCAGUUCAAGCAAAUUUUGUUUAUCGAAAUCACAGAUUAAACUUUUGUGAUAGUAUAUUUUGCAAGGCAUUUUAAAAUAUUAAUGCUUGUGUUUUUAAUAGUGACUAUACACUCCAUAUACCACUGGUACUUCAGUGCCACUAUGAUGUUGUCAUCUACUGAUUUUGUGCUGUGUACUACCCUUUUUAUAGCAAUUAAUAAUCAAUGAAAAUGUAUUGAAAAUUUGAUAAAGUUAAUUUUAGUCUAAAGGUGCUAGCAUCAAGGUUAAUUUAAAUAUGAUUUGUAUUUUACUGUAUAAUUAUAUUUUCUAUAAACUACUAACAUUUGAUACUUUUACACUUUUCUAUCUGUAGACAGUGUGGUAUUCAUACGUGUACGUGAUUAAAUUUUCUGCAACCUGUAUCUUUAUAUUUACAAGAAGCUAAGGAGUAAUGAAUAUUUGCUUGGGAAAUAAAAUUGAUUGGAUUAGCCAGAGGAGAGAGUAUCCCCAUAUGCUGGUUCAAAUACUUAAUUUACAUCAUUGCCUUGUUAUAUAAAGACUUGUGUGAGUGUGGGUAGAUUUAGCUAUGUACUUGUUAAUGUGGCAUUGUAUAUCCAUUCAUAACACCGAGGCAAGGAUGUUGGAAAUGUACCUUGUUUCCCUUUUAGUCAAUAGGACUAGUUGGAUGAUUAGGGUAAUAUAAUACUUUUAGUAGUUCUGAUGAAACCUAGUAUUGAAUGUAAUUUUAAGGAAAAUUAGCACUUUCUCAGACAUUGCUUCAGUUCUGUCUUGGGAAAAUAAUUACAGCAUUUCAACUUCACUUUACUUUAAAGUUUCUAAUGUAAAGUAAGAUAAAUAUUUUCAAAAGAAAUUUAAUUUUUGUAGUAUCAAUUGGGGUUGGACAUUCAUAAAAAAAUAGUUUUGAUUUUGUCAGAACAAGUUCUUGCAUAUCCUUCUCUAAACUUUAAAAAUUUCUAGUCGUUUACAUAUCAAACUUACUUUGGUUAUAUAACUUGGAUUUGCUAUACUACUUUGGAUCCACAGUUUAAGAAAUUAUUCUGUAGGAUGUGCUUGCAUAGCUGCAAAAGUUUCAAUUUAAAAUGAUGGCUAUUUCUAAGCUGUGUGUGAUGUAUCAUGCUGUUUGCAAGACCAAAUAAAAUGUUUGCAUUAA